GCCACUCAGGAAUCAAUCAACUGGGCGGUGUCUAUGUCAACGGGCGACCGUUGCCUGAUUCGACCCGCCAGAAAAUCGUCGAGCUGGCGCACAGCGGCGCCCGGCCCUGUGAUAUUUCGCGAAUACUGCAGGUGUCCAACGGCUGCGUGUCCAAGAUACUGGGGCGGUACUACGAGACGGGCUCGAUCCGGCCGCGUGCAAUCGGUGGCAGCAAGCCACGCGUCGCCACCUCCGAUGUAGUGGGCAAGAUUGCCCAGUACAAGCGAGAGUGCCCGUCCAUCUUCGCCUGGGAGAUUCGCGACCGACUGCUCAGCGAGGGAUGCUGCACCAACGACAACGUGCCCUCG